AUAAUUUGUUAAUUUUCAAAAGAAAAAUUCAAAUCCUUCAUACGCAAGUUUUUCCCCCUCCCCUCGACUCUUUCAAUACCAUAAGCCCAAACAUCACAGUUGAGCGCACGUUUCUGAAUCAACAGAGAGAUUGUUUACACGAGAAUCAACAACAAUGGAGAAAGGCGAAACCUCUGGCUCCAAUUCUUCCAGUGAUGAUGUCUGGGCUAAACUAGUGCCACUGAACUCGAGCUAUCCAGAUAUAGAAUUGAGAUUGAAUGAGGAGACAAUUUGCUCAGACAUAAAAACCCUUCCAUGUGAACAGCAAGUAUGGUGCCAGAUAACUAGGGAGAAGGAUCAUACCUCUGCCUUAAUGAAGAAUAAGUGUUGUAGUUCGAUCCUUGUUGAUGGUGCGGUCAUAAGAGAAGAUGAUACGGCCACCAUUAGAUGUGGCAGCGAAAUGAUUCUGGGUCCCGCGGCUGAUGGGUUCUUGAAGUAUGUGUUCAAAGUAAUGCCUGCAAAAGAAAUUUGCAAGAAACAGCUGAAGAUAACUCUAGAUCCUGAGCAUGCCAAGUGCCCAAUAUGCUUAAAUGUUUGGCAUGACGUAGUAACUGCAGCACCAUGUCUUCACAAUUUCUGCAAUGGAUGCUUUUCAGAGUGGCUAAAAAGGUGUCAAGAAAGACGUUCUAGUGUUAUAUGUCCUCAGUGCAGAGCAGUUGUGCAAUUUGUUGGAAGAAACCAUUUUUUGCAUGGUAUAGAAGAGGAUAUAUUGCAAUCUGAUUCUUCUCUGAGGCGUUCGGAUGCAGAACUUGUACUACUGGAUUCCUGUUCAUUAAUUAAGUCACCCCUCGUUGUUAGCCGUGGAAGAAAUGUGAGUCACAAGCGGUCCCGUGCUCCACCUGCUGAGGAGAGUGGAAGGGAUUUGUCAUGUCCUCAGUGUGGUACUGAAUAUGGUGGUUUCCGGUGCAAUGAUAGAACAGUUCAUCUUCAAUGUCAAACAUGUUCUGGCAUGAUGCCUUCUAGAUCAAAUGCUCCUGUGCCACAGCACUGUUUAGGAUGUGACCGAGCAUUUUGUGGUCCCUACUGGCAUGCUAUGGGGGUUGCUGAUUCUGAUGUCUAUUCUGUAUGCAGUCAUGAAACUCUAAAGCCUAUUGCUGCCCAUUCUCUCACUAGAAUACCAUUUUUGGCACAUGAAAAGAAUCGACACGAACAAGAUAUAACAGAGAAAUGUAUCAGGCAGAUGGAAAGACCAUUGCAGGAUGUGAUUUCAGAAUGGAUAAGAAAAAUGAGUAACCGGGAAGUAGAUAGGACAAUGCUUCCAUUGAAUCACUCGGAAAUGAUUACUCCCCAGACCUAUGUUUGCCGCGAUUGCUAUGACAAAUUGGUCUCAUUCCUAUUAUACUGGUUCCGGAUCACAUUGCCAAAACAUUGUCUACCUCAAGAAGCACAGCAACGAGAAGACUGCUGGUAUGGAUAUGCAUGUAGGACACAGCACCACAACGAGGAGCAUGCUCGUAAGAGGAACCACGUCUGUCGUCCGACUAGGGGUGCUCGUACGCCUUGAUGUACGUUUUGCUAUCACUUUUGGUGCCAAUCCAUUUUGUUCUCGUAACAAAUUUGCGUUCCAUAAUUUGCACUUUGAAUGGUUUCAUGUUCUUUUCGUUAGGUGCUAUUAUUGCAAAUUGCAGUUGCUUCAUAUUUCUGCCGUCUUAUCUUCUCUGCUCGUCUUGUAUUACUUUUUUAUUAGUGUAAAUAUAAGAAAUAAUAGUGUUAGCCAUAA